CCAAACUUUACGUCACUUCCGGGUCUAGAGGCUAGAGUGGUAGAAUAGACGAGGACCCCGGGCCUGAUACCGGAAAUAGCUCGGUAACGGACGCCCAGGCCCCAGUCACAUCUUAAGGGGGCUGGAAGAUGAACUUUGGAAUGCUUGUGUCGGAGGGUUCAACUUGGUCCUUAGGAGGGCAUGCAUUACCCCUACAGCUAGUCCUCCUUUUAUCCUUUGUACCACCUUCUCUCAGCUCAGUGUGUCCCCCACCCCCAGAGCCAGAGAAUGGUGGCUUCCUGUGUCACCCACCGCAUUGUGAGCAGCCUCUCACCUCAGGCAGUGUGAUUGAAUACUUCUGUGCUGAAGGGUACAUGCUUAAAGGGGACUACAAAUUCCUAACCUGCAAGAAUGGAGCAUGGGACCCUCCUAUGGGAGUUAGCUGCAGACUGAGCCAAGGGAAAGAUACCCAUACCAGCCUUGGGAUUCCCACACUGUCUAUAGUUGCCUCCACGGCAAGUUCAGUGGCCUUGAUCCUGCUUCUCAUUGUCUUGUUUGUACUAUUGCAGCCCAAGCUUAAAUCUUUCCACCACAACAGGCGUGAGACAUGUGGUCCGGGUGAACCUGUGUCUAUUAUGGUGGAUGGUGUUCAGGUAGCACUGCCUUCCUACGAGGAAGCUGUAUAUGGCAGUGGAGGAAACUGUAUCCCAGCCGCCAGCUCCCGUGUGCAAAUAGUUCUCUCAGAAGGUCCUGGAGAGGAGCAGAACCUUCAGCAGGAGGCAUGCAGCUCCAGCCGUGCAUGUCAAGGUCCAAGCAACUCAAAUUUUUCUGGUUAUAGUAUGGUGCAGUCUGCACAAGGGGCAGCCAGCACCUCUCAACACUCAGAGACUGUGCUUGUCCAUCAGGCCUCCUCUCCAUGGGAGGCUGGAGCAGAUAAUAGGACUCUGUGCAGGGGGGGAGCGGAUUGUGAGGGCAGUGAUGUUCAAAGCUUGUUGUCCAUCUCUUCUGAGGAUUAUACAGAUGAUAUUCCCCUACUGAAAGAAGCCUGAAGUCUAUCAACCCUCAGUCCAUUCUCCAGGAACGUGUCCACCUCCCUGCUCUGCACGACUCUUCACUGGUGCCCUUGACUGACAACACGUGCCUCUCUGUCUCCCCCUGCAGACAGGCAGAGACCUGCAUGCAGAAGUGGAAAACUAUUUACUGUGUGCUACUGCAGGAUAUGUAUAGGUGGAUCACACACCACAGUAAGGGAACUGGUUCUCAUAUUGCAUCACAGUUAUCCCUACUGAAAUUAUUGUUGCUUUUGGCAGCCUAGUGAAGGAAUAUUUAGCACGGGGAACUAUUCCCACGAAACCUCUAGACUCCCCAGUAAAGUUUGUGUUCUGCUUUGGCAUGGCCCUUUGGUCAGUAUGAAGCCUCUUCUUCAUUAGUAAAUGCCCUCAAGUAAUUAUCUCCUACCCUAUUGGUGUUGCUUUUGUGAGAUCCCUGGGUAAAGGUUCUCUCACUACAGUGGACACAUUCACAUUGAGGGCACUCUGAUUAGAAUGGCAGCACUUCCUUCUGCCAGUGGUAGAAAUCUGGUCUGUUUCAAGUUAAAUCAUUGCCACAAGCUCAAGAUUUUAUAUAUGUAUAAAUUAUGUAUUUAUAAAUUUGCACGCUGAGAAACUCCACAGAAAGUCACCGAUUCCAAAGCAACCACUGGCAUUAUAUAUAGUUUAGAUUGUACACUCCAAAACACAGACAGAUUCCCUAAUAUGGUCGGCUUUAAUUGCCAAAAAGUUGAGAUGUGACCAUACCAGAUUAAUAUAUACUCAAGGUUUUUUUAAUAUUUUAUUUAAUUACAGCCUCUUGGAGUCCGUGAUUCCAGUGUUUAUUAAUACAAUUUCAUGUCUGUCAUUUGCACCAAUACAGAUCAUCAUGGGCUCAAUGAGCCAAUGUACCGUUUUUUGUUAUACUGGAUGAGUAUCAGGAAUCAAUGUAAUAUAGGGAGCUUUUCUUCCAUAUCAUUGUUAAGGAUCAAUUAAUUUUCUGGCUCCUAACAAUAUUUUAUAAAUCUGAA